UAUUUUGGAUAAAUUGUAGGGUUUUGAACGAACAUGAUCACGUUGAGACUUCAUUUACGGCGGGGCUCACUCUUCCCGCUAUUUUUCAGCCUAGCUAGCGAUGCUAACUCCCCUAGCUAGCUGCUAAUUACUAGUACGUUUGCUGGGAAGAGGCCGCCCACUUCCCAACCAGAAACACUUGUGGUAUUUGUUACUUUAUACUAAUGCUGAGCUGACUCCGUCGUCUUGUAGACUCAUCGGAAAACAAAGGAGCGUGUUGUUUUCAGGAGUAAACGCUGCUAAAGAUCAAGCUAACCACAGAAAAGGCUGCAUCUGACAACCACCGAUCCACAAACACGCAUUGUUUCGUGACAAAAUGGCUAAAAGUGAAGCAGAGGAGCUAAUAGAGAUCGAAAUAGAUGAACGAGAGAAGCAAGCAUGUUUGGAGGAAAGUGUGGAGGAGCAGACCAUCACAGCAUCAGAUUUGAUUCAGCAAGACAUCGACAUCAACGAGCCAGUUGGAAAUUUGAAGAAGCUUUUGGAGCCUCGCAUCCAAAUCUCUCUAGAUGCUUAUGAUAUCUGCUUGCAGGACAUCCAGCUCCAUCCAGAUCACAGCCUCUUUGAUCAGGGGGUGAAGACGGACGGCACAGUGCAGCUCAGUUUGCAGAUUAUUACGAAACCAGGAGAGGAGAAGCUGAACAUCUUGGAAAUUGUGAAGCCCGUUGAGACGGUAGAGGUGGUGAUUGACCCAGAUGCAGCAGGAGAGGAAGGAGCCAUGGUGGAGGAGGGACACCUCAUCGCCGUCGACAGGUCUUCCCUGACAGACGAGACGUCCGAGCAGGUCACACGCUGGGCUGCGGCCCUCGAGGGUUACCGCAAGGAGCAGGUCCGCCUCGGCAUACCAUACGACCCCAUGCUGUGGACGGCAGAUCAGGUGAUCCACUGGGCUGUGUGGGUGAUGAAGGAGUUUAACAUUGAGGAGAUGGAAAUAGGCAGCAUUCACAUUCCGGGACAAGAUCUGUGCAGUUUCAACCAAGAAGAGUUCCUUCAGAAAGUUCCUAACGGAGAGAUUCUGUGGAGCCACCUGGAGCUCCUGCGCAAAUACGUGUUGGCCAGUCAAGACCAGUCUGGAGGUGAUGCCACUGUUACCAUCGACCAACCUGUACAGAUAAUCCCCGCUCAAGUGAGCACACCCACCGCAAUAAAGGUCCUGAAGCAGAACCGCGGGCCCAGAGCGCCGCGCAUUUCAGGAGAGGAACGCAGUUCCCCCGGCAACCGCACAGGCAACAACGGUCAGAUCCAGCUGUGGCAGUUCCUCCUGGAGCUGCUGACGGACAAAGACGCCAGAGACUGCAUCUCCUGGGUGGGAGAGGAGGGGGAGUUCAAGCUCAACCAGCCGGAGCUGGUUGCUCAGAAAUGGGGCCAGCGCAAGAACAAGCCGACCAUGAACUACGAGAAGCUCAGCAGAGCCCUCAGGUAUUACUACGACGGCGACAUGAUUUGCAAGGUCCAGGGCAAGCGCUUCGUCUACAAGUUUGUGUGUGACUUACGGACUCUGAUCGGCUACAGCGCGGCUGAGCUCAACAACCUGGUGACGGAAUGCGAGCAGAAGAAAGUGGCGCGCCUGCAGAUGCACGGCAUCGGGCAGCCCAUCACCACGGUGACCCUGGCCACAGCCACGCUGGACAAGGAGAGCUGAGAGGACACUGUUGGGUUUUAGACACAAAAACUGCACAGCUGACUCCCUGAUCACCGGGGGGGGCAGCUUUUUUUUUUUAGAAUCGUCUUCGUAGUUUCAAUCGACUGAAAGUUGGGACUGGAUUCUUCAGCUUUCCUCCAAAUCUACCCAGAAGGCUGUUGAAGAUGAGUGCUGGUGUGCCUGCAACCCAGUUUCUUUUGUAGAGCUGAAGACUUUUCACUGUACAUAAUGAUACUCCCAUGUUUUUCAUAGCCACGGGGGCGCGUGUAUUUUCAUAUUUUCCCAUUUCUAGAGAAUUCCUUUUUGUAUUUUAUUCCAGUGACUUGCUCCCAAAAACCCUGUCCACCCCGGGAGGGGCAAAUAAACCCAUUUACUUUGUUUUUCUAAA